AUGAACAAGGGUACUACCAAGCUUGACGAGAUUCUAUCAGUUGGAAGAACUAGUAAAGGCCGACAUGGUAUUGGGUAUAUUGGAGAAAGCUCAAGUGUCAAGACAGAAGACUCAGGAGUUGUGUUUGUCAAAAGUAAGCAAAGGAGAAGGCGAAGACAGAGAAGAAAAGAUGAGGACAAAGAGGAUGGCCCGCCGUGCUCCACCGACCCCACAAGAAAUUGUCGCUCGAUUACGGAAGUAAGGAUGAGAGGGACCGAUUCGGAGGAAGCCCACUCAAGGAGAGAAGAAUCAAAAGAUUUGGGGAAAGCGAUUGUCCCUUAUGUUUCUUCUCAGGAUGUUGAAGUAAGAGAAACGGAAACAUCGUCUCAAGAUUUGCCUUCAGGUGUCAAAGACAGAGAUGAUCUCUUGAGAUGGGUUCGUGAGUCUUUUCCAGGUGCUUAUGUUCAGAGAGCAGAGGAAGAUGAACAGGAGGACUCCACUACUGUUCUAGUAGGAGAAGGUUCAGAAGAGCAACAAGCUAGGGAUGAAGAUGCUGUAGAAAAAAAAGCAAACCGAGCACAAGCAGAAGAAACUGUUGGAGAAAGAAGUACAGAUGCUCCCACUAGUGCUAAAGAAGAGGUUGCUACUAUUCUAAGUGAAGUUCUGGGUGAUCUACAUCGACAUGCUGAAGCACCUACAGAUACUGACCAUAUCACUGGACAAGUUACAACAACUCCUGCAACAUCAAAAAGUUCACAUAGUUCUGAUGAGAUCCCAUUCAAAGACCGUGUUGCCCAGAUUACUAAAGGGAAGAAAGUAGUGUCUGAAAAGAAGGCCCAGUCAAGAAAGAAAAUCCUGAAAAAGGAGAAGGUUAGCAAGUCCAAAAGAAAGUCUUUCUCUGAUCCCGAAGUAGAAGCUUCCCCGAGGCACAAGAAAAGGUGUACUGAAGCAGCAAAACAGGGGGAGAAACCAUCAGCAAGCUCUAAAAAAGAAAAGAAGAAGAAAGCAACCCAACAGGCAAAAGACAGUGAUGAAGACAGAUUUUAUGACAAAGCAUCCAAUAAGAAGUUUGAAUAUGUUGAAGGGAGAGGAGUUGUGGUUGAAAGGAUGAUUGAUGAAGGAGCUUUUGAGAAGUAUGGCUUAGCGAGUCAACUGCGACAAAGAAGUUUAUAUAAGUCCGCCACUUUUCCGUAA